GUCUUGAGCGCUUCUGUUGAGUUUGCCGAUCGUAUUACUCGCAUAAAUACCACCAACGUGCAACCACUUAUUACAGUUCUAGAAAAUUGAUCUUGGAUUCAAGAAUGGCAAGGACUAAAACUCAAGAAAAACCCAUAAAAAGGGUAAAACCAAAAAAAAAUACUCAAAAAACGAAAGCUAAUAAAAAAAUACAUGCAAUUCAAAAUUCAAAAAAAAAAAUGAAGAAUUUUAAAGAAAAUAUUUAUGAAAAAAGUGAAACCAAAAAUGAAUGUGUAUUUGAAUUAAUGACAAAGUAUCCUGAGUUAAGUCAGACAUUUGAAUAUAUUUUAUAUUCCAACAAGUAUAAACAUACAUUAACUGAUGUUUUCAACAUUAUAAAGAUGCUUAUGUUCAAGCUAGAAGAACUGCAAAAACAUGAUGUUGAUAUCAAAAAUACACUUGAAACUAUUAAUCAUAAUUAUAAAAUCAAAGGUUUAGUCCAGAGUACUGCAAUAAAUUUAUCACAUGUUGUAGAUCAAUUAAAUGUGAAUGAAACUACAUUCUUAGAUUUUGCGAAGAAAUUUUCACCACUCAAAAUUGUGAAUGAUAGUGAGAUAGCUGCACAUAAUUCUAUAUCUGGAUUUUCAGGUUCAUCUCAAGUACUUGAAGAACCUUUAGUAUCUAGUUCACUUAUAAAUAAUCAAUUAGAUACUCCUGAAAAUUUAAAAACUGAACAUAUUAGACCUGAUGCAUCAAAUAAAAAUAUUUUUGAUAAAAACCACACUAUAGUAUUGACAUCUGAUGAUGAAUACGAAGAAACAAUAAAUUAUGAUGGAUGUAAAGAAAAAAAUUUUACUGUAUAUAGGCCUAAAAAUAAUGAAGAAGACUUAGAAAAUUAUGUAAUAGGGUCUGAUUUUAAAGAUAUUUUAUCCGAUCAUGAUAGUAAUUAUGAUGUAGUUUCAUCCCCUAAACAGAGUCAAGUUAAUACUACCUCAAAAUUCUCAUCAGGGCAUAAAACACCACUAAAUAAAGUUAAGAAGAUUAAACCAAAGGUGUCUGAUGAAGCUAUAGAUGAAGCAAGAAAAGCAGACUUACAUUUAAGAAAACGACUGAGUCAAAGAAAUUCUGAAAUGUUAAGUAUUGUGAAAAAAUUUAAUUUACAGUCAAAUGAUAUAGUAUUAGAAUUUAACAAAGUUAGUAACAAACCUUUAAUAACUAUUCAUAAAGAACUGGCAAAAGUCUUAAAAAAACAUCAAGUAGAAGGUAUUCGUUUUUUGUGGGAUAUAGUUUUUGAAUCUGUGGACAGAACUAAUUCUACUGAUGGCACUGGAUGUAUAUUAGCUCAUCGAAUGGGAAUUGGUAAAACAUUACAAAUCAUAACUUUAUUGUAUACUGUUAUUGCGUACCAAAGUUUAAUAAAUUUAAAAACAUUUUUAAUUGUUUGUCCACCCGGGUUAAUUUAUAAUUGGAUGGAUGAAAUUUAUAAAUGGUUAAAAGAUAUUGAUAAAGAUGAAGUUGUUAAAGUAUUUGAUUUACCAAAAACAAAUAAACUUUAUAAUAUAACAAACAUAGCCACUUGGAAAUCAAAAGGAGGUAUCCUUAUUAUUAGUUAUGAGAACUUUAAGUCUUUAGUGAAUUGUAAUCAAAGUGAUUUAUGUGAAUCAUUUUCUCAUGCUUUAAUUGAUCCUGGGCCUGAUGUUGUUAUUUUAGAUGAAGGCCAUUACAUUAAGAAUACCAACACAAAACUUUUAAAAAGUUUAUCACAAAUCAGAACAAAAAGAAGGAUAAUAUUAACUGGAACUCCUAUGCAAAAUUCACUUAAAGAAUACUUUACAAUGGUAGAUUUUGUCAAACCUAAUAUAUUAGGUAAUUUUGGGAAAUUUACUACAACAUUUAUUAAACCUAUUGAUUCUGGUCAAUUUAUAGACUCUAGUGAUGAAGCUGUACAAUUAAUGAAACAGCGUACCUUUAUUUUACAUAAACUUUUACAAAAUACUGUUCAUCGUAUAGAUGAUAAAAAUUUAAAACCUUUAUUUACAGAUAAGAUUGAGUAUACACUAGAAGUUAAUAUGACCGAUUUCCAAUGUGAAUUAUAUGAGAAAUUCCUACAGCAUAAUAAAACAACUAAUGAUAGAUGUAAUGUUUUUUUACGCUUACAUGUGUUAACAUUAAUAACUCUACACCCAUUGACAUUAUACAGAUUGUUACAUUAUAGAAAUAGCAAACAACCUGAAUUUGGGACUAAAGCAUUUGAUGAUAAAUUUGCUAAGGAUUUGCCAUGGAUCGCAAACUAUGGUGAAGAUCCAAGAUUUUUUGAAGCUAAACAGAGUCAUAAAAUUUCCUAUGUAUUAAAUACAAUUAAAGAAUGCCAGAAAAGGAAGGAAAAGAUGGUGUGUUUCUUAAAAUCACCAUUAGCGUUAGAUGCUUUGGAAUAUUUUUUACAAAAAGAACAAAAUUGGGUUUCUGGGGAUGAUUAUUUCAGAAUGGAUGGUAAAACACCCAUGAAUAUACGAAAUCAAAUGUGUGAAGCUUUUAAUAACUCUGAAAAUCCUGUUAAAAUGUUUAUUUUAUCCAUGGGUACUGGUGUUCUUGGGUAUAACAUGGUUGGUGCAAAUAGAGUAUUAUUAUUGAAUACAUCGUGGAAUCCAAGUAAUGAUUUACAAGCUAUUUAUAGAUGUUUGCGAUUUGGUCAGAAAAAGACUGUUUAUGUUAACAGAUUGUUAGCUAAAGGAACUGUUGAACCAAAAGCAUAUUAUCGACAAAUUUCUAAAUUAGGAAUGGCUAGCAGUGUUGUAGAUUUACAACAUAUGAGUCGAAAAGUUUCAUUUGAUCAAACCAAUGACUUAUUUACAUUUGAUUCUUCUAAAAAUUAUUAUACUACAGGUGUUAACACUAAAGACCCAGUUUUAAAUCAAAUAAUUAAAUACAAUUAUAAAUUUAUAAGUGAUUUAAAAGAACACGAUUCUAUGCUUGUAGAGUCGGUUGAAGAGCAAUUGACUUUAGAUGAACGUAAGAUUCUUUGGACAUCAUUUAAAAAUAACGAACUUGGAACUAAAAAUUUGAUAAAACCAAAACCACUACAUAAGUUGCUAAAUACUGAACAUCAAAAUCAAGUAAUAAAUAAAAAAAUUAAACAAGAAAUAAAUGACAAUGUACCUUCUACUUCAAAUAGUCACCAGCCUAACAAACAACAAAUUUCAUCUCCUAUUGCAAAUGAAAGCCACUAUUCAAAAAUUCAAUCAUAUUUCAACAACCCUUUAUUACCAUCACCUAAAUGUACAGCUAAACGCAAAUUUCCUAAUCUUUCAGUAGUAGAGAAUACAACAACUUCAAACAAAGAACUAAAAAAUAAUACUUUCCACAAAAAAUCAAACCGUUUUAAUAAUGAUGAACCUAUACAAAAUCAAUUUAGAAAUUUUCAAAAUAGAAGUUUUAGUCAUCAUAAGAGAUAUCCAACUGCAAACUAUCGUCCUCAUAUGUACUCAAAGGAAGGAGUAAACUCAAGAGAUUUAUCUCAUCAAAACCAACAAUUUCCCAUUCCCUCCAAAAAUCAAACUUGGCAUUCUAAUCAAUAUAAACCAACAGGAAAUAAUUUUCAAAAUCGUUCUGGAACCCUGCUUUAAGAAAAGAUGCAUCAUCAGACAAAAUUGCAAGGAGAGAUAUUAUGCGUAAUGCAAUAGUUGUGGAAGAAGAUUAUUUUGUUGCUCCUACCA